UCUGCCACUAAGCUAUCUAUAAAUGAACAGGGCUCUAGGGGAUAUCCUCUUGCACUCGCAACGGCAAUAUUGGAACAUCCCAUCUUCAGGUCACUUCGGCUUGAGAACAAGCGAUUUAAUAGGUUAUUAGAUUAAAUAUAAAAGAAAUAUCGAAACAAGCAAGCUAUCAAAUCAACGAAUAACCGUCCGUCACCUAUCAUUGUUGUUUAGAAGAGAAAAUUAAAUCUCCUGACUCCAACGUAUUCCACGCCUGCAGUCAUGACUGAGAACAUUCGUAUCAACAAUCCCAAUGUGAAGUACACAGAUACACACAUCGAGGCUCAGUACUGCUACCAUACUACUGCUGUAUGCAGGGAUGGAGACACACUCACAGUGACCCCUUCUGUUAGUGAGCUUGAGUUCCGUACUGAGCGACGUGUCCCCAGGCUGGGGGUGAUGCUAGUUGGCUGGGGAGGAAACAAUGGGACCACCGUCACCGCUGCUGUCCUGGCCAACAGACUGGGACUCACCUGGAGAACCAAAACUGGAGAACAGAAAGCCAACUACUACGGUUCCCUCUUCCAGUCCUCAACUGUGUGUUUAGGUGCGGGGUCAGAUGGAAAGGAAGUUAACAUUCCAUUCCGUGACCUCUUACCCAUGAUGCACCCUAAUGAUAUCGUCUUUGAUGGCUGGGACAUCUCAUCCAUGGAUCUGGGCAGUGCGAUGGAGAGAGCCGAGGUCCUUGAUUGGUCCCUCCAGGAGAAGCUCCGCCCACACAUGAGCCACCUCCGACCCCGAGCCUCCAUCUAUAUCCCAGAAUUCAUAGCUGCCAACCAGGCGGGCCGAGCAGACAACGUUCUGAAAGGGACCAUGGCUGAACAGGUGGAGCAGAUCAGAGCAGACAUUCAGGACUUCCGGCAUUCAAGCGGCGUGGACAAGGUCAUCGUUUUGUGGACAGCCAACACCGAACGUUUCUGUGACCUCACAGCCGGGGUCAACGACACGGCCAAGAAUCUCCUGGCUGCCAUACAGUCAGGUGGGGAGGUGUCUCCCUCUACUUUGUUUGCCGUAGCCAGUAUCCUGGAGGGCUGUGCCUACAUUAACGGUUCUCCCCAGAACACGUUUGUCCCUGGGGCGAUAGAGCUGGCUGUGGAAAGAAACGUGUUCAUAGCAGGAGACGACUUCAAGUCUGGUCAGACAAAGAUCAAGUCAGUCCUGGUCGACUUCCUCAUCAGUGCUGGGAUCAAGCCCACCUCCAUUGUCAGCUACAAUCACCUUGGCAACAACGAUGGUAUGAACCUCUCAGCACCGCAGCAGUUCCGUUCCAAGGAGAUCUCCAAGAGCAAUGUGGUAGAUGACAUGGUCAACUCCAACCCUAUACUGUACCACAAUGGGGAGAAACCUGACCACUGUGUGGUGAUUAAGUAUGUGCCGUAUGUGGGGGACAGUAAGAGGGCGAUGGAUGAAUACACCUCUGAGAUCAUGAUGGGAGGAACCAACACUAUCGCAAUGCACAACACCUGUGAGGACUCUCUGCUAGCCAGUCCUAUCAUCCUGGACCUGGUCCUCCUCACAGAGUUGUGUCAGCGUGUAUGUGUUCGGCCCCAAGGAUCAGAGACCUUCCAGUCCUUCCACAGUGUCCUGGCUAUCCUCUCCUUCAUGUGUAAAGCUCCCCUUGUCCCCCCUGGGGCCCCGCUGGUCAAUGCCUACUUCAGACAGAGAGCCUGCAUUGAGAACAUCAUGAGAGCGUGCCUUGGUCUCCCUCCUCAGAACCACAUGCACCUGGAGCACAAGCUGCAGAGGGGCUUCCUGCCUCGCCACGACAACCGUAUCUACGACAAUGUGGCUACCAAGAGGGUCCAAAGCAACGGUUACCACGCCUCCCAACAGAAUGGUGUCUGCGCACACGUGGUGAAAGAGGCAACGAUUGGAUAAUGGCUGCAGAUUAGGUCUCUGUCAUCACGGGGAAGAUUCUAGAAGUGUCUACAGCCACAGAGAAACAAUUACAUCCAUAGUUUAGUUUAUUAGGAUCCCCAUUAGCUGUUGCACAUGCAGCAGCUACUCUUCCACGGGUUACACACUAUUACAUAUUUAGAUACUUAUUUACAGUGCAGUUAAAUUAGAUCCAUAGAAAGUUAGCCAAACUCUUUAUACAGCAUACUGUAUGAUGAUCAUGUUUUAUUUGACCUAUUUGUGUAAGAUACAUACAGUAGGAAACAACCUCUAGUUGGCUUUAACCAUUGUCACUUUUGGACAACCAGUUUAAUAUUCUGUGGUUUUAGACUCUUAUUGCUCAUACAUACAAACUUAACCAAAAUCUGUUCAUAUAUUUGUUCCAAUGAUACAGUGGGGAGAACAAGUAUUUGAUACACUGCCGAUUUUGCAGGUUUUCUUACAAAGCAUGUAGAGGUCUGUAAUUUGUAUCAUAGGUACACUUCAACUGUGAGAGACGGCAUCUAAAACACAAAUUAUUUUUAAGUAAAUAAUUAGCAUUUUAUUGCAUGACAUAAGUAUUUGAUACAUCAGAAAAGCAGAACUUAAUAUUUGGUACAGAAACCUUUGUUAGCAAUUACAGAGAUCAUACGUUUCCUGUAGUUCUUGACCAGGUUUGCACACACUGCUGCAGGGAUUUUGGCCCACUCCUCCAUACAGACCUUCUCCAGAUCUUUCAGGUUUCGGGGCUGUCGCUGGGCAAUAAGGAUUUUCAGCUCCCUCCAAAGAUUUUCUAUUGGGUUCAGGUCUGGAGACUGGCUAGGCUACUCCAGGACCUUGAGAUGCUUCUUACGGAGCCACUCCUUAGUUGCCCUGGCUCUGUGUUUUGGGUCGUUGUCAUGCUGGAAGACCCAGCCACGACCCAUCUUCAAUGCUCUUACUGAGGGAAGGAGGUCGUUGGCCAAGAUCUCGCGAUACAUGGCCCCAUCCAUCCUCCCCUCAAUACGGUGCAGACAUCCAGUCCUCAUUUGCAGAAAAACGUCCCCAAAUAAUGAUAUUUCCACCUCCAUGCUUCACGGUUGGGAUGGUGUUCUUGGGGUUGUACUCAUCCUUCUUCCUCCAAACACGGCAAGUGGAGUUUGGACCAAAAAGCUAUUUUUGUCUCAUCAGACCACAUGACCUUCUCCCAUUCCUCCUCUGGAUCAUCCAGAUGGUCAUUGGCAAACUUCAGAUAGUCCUGGACAUGUGCUGGCUUGAGCAUGGGGACCUUGCGUGCGCUGCAGGAUUUUAAUCCAUGACGACGUAGUGUGUUACUAAUGGUUCUCUUUGAGACUGUGGUCCCAGCUCUCUUCAGGUCAUUGACCAGGUCCUGCCGUGUAGUUCUGGGCUGAUCCCUCACCUCCCUCAUGAUCAUUGAUGCCCUACGAGGUGAGAUCUUGCAUGGAGCCCCAGACCGAGGGUGAUUGACCAUCAUCUUGAACUUCUUCCAUUUUCUAAUAAUUGCGCCAACAGUUGUUGCCUUCUCACCAAGCUGCUUGCCUAUUGUCCUGUAGCCCAUCCCAGCCUUGUGCAGGUCUACAAUUUAACCCUGAUGUCCUUACACAGCUCUCUGGUCUUGGUCAUUGUGGAGAGGUUGGAGUCUGUUUGAUUGAGUGUGUGGACAGGUGUCUUUCGUACAAGUAACGAGUUCAAACAGGUGCAGUUAAUACAGGUAAUGAGUGGAGAACAGGGGGGCUUCUUAAAGAAAAACUAACAGGUCUGUGAGAGCCGGAAUUCUUACUGGUUGGUAGGUGAUCAAAUACUUAUGUCAUGCAAUAAAAUGCAAAUGAAUUACUUAAAAAUCAUACAAUGUGUUUUUCUGGAUUUUUGUUUUAGAUUCCGUCUCUCACAGUUGAAGUGUACCUAUGAUAAAAAAUUACAGACCUCUACAUGCUUUGUAAGUAGGAAACACUGACGAUUUUGCAGGUUAUCAAAUACUUGUUCUCCCCACUGUAUGUUACACGCAAUGUUACCCUACCAUCCCUACCCUGAUUGGAGUAAACUAACAGACUAACAAUACUGCUACUUGCAGCUAUUUUCGCGCACAUCUACGAUGUCCGUAUUUAAACAAUUACACAUAUAUUCCUAAUUUCCCCUUUCUUCAAGUGAUGGAUUGUCACCCACAGUGGCCAAUCCACCAUUCAUUCUGAUCUUAAAUCCAACCCUCCAAUGUCCACAGAUUUAACCCAUCUUUCCCAGUAUAAUGCCAUUUUUAUACUUCCUUUUGCAAUACAUUCCUCCAUUUUACUAUGCUGUCUUUUUGAGUGUCCUUGUAACAUUUCUACUGAUAUUGCCCAAAAAAUAAAGAGUAUAAAAAAAUAAAAAUAAAGAGUAUAAUCAUA